GCUGCCCACUCAAGGCCAGCCUCUCCCCCAGUGGGGCUCCGAGCUCUCGCGCCGGUGCCCGCGGCAGAUGCCACGCAGCUCCGUAGCUGGACGCGGCCGCCCCCGAGGACCCCAGCAUGCCGGACAGCGCAGAGGCCCCGCAGGCCAGCCGGCUCACCCGGGGAAGCGUGGCAGUCAGGUUCUUAAGCAGACUGCCACCAGGUGGGCCUGGGUGCGCUCGCAAACUUAGUUUGAACCUGCGGUACCAGCAAGGAGUAAGGCCGAAUGUGACAAGCAGCUCCCUGACUGAUGGGCAGACGCCCUCCAAAGAGUCCCUAAGCCAUGACCUCGCGCUCUCGUUCCCAGAGAAGGACAAGGACAAGGACAAGGAUGCCCCGCCGGAUGGGUCAGAGGAGACACUGUGGACGACGCGGGCCGAUGGACGUGUGCGCCCAAGGGUCCACCCCGCCUGCUCACAGCCUCCCUACACUGUGCACCGGAUGUUCUCUGAGACCCUGGACAAGUAUGGGGACCUCCGGGCUCUGGGCUUCAAGCGUCAGGGCAGGUGGGAGCACAUCUCCUACUCCCAGUACUACCUGCUGGCUCGAAAAGCUGCCAAGGGUUUCCUGAAGCUCGGCCUGGAGCAGGCACACAGCGUAGCCAUCCUUGGCUUCAACUCCCCGGAGUGGUUCUUCUCGGCGGUGGGCACAGUAUUUGCAGGUGGCAUUGUCACCGGCAUCUACACCACCAGCUCCCCGGAGGCCUGCCAGUACAUUGCUCAGGACAGCCGUGCCAACAUCAUCGUGCUGGAUACACAGAAGCAGCUGGAGAAGAUCCUGAAGACCUGGAAAAACCUGCCGCAUCUGAAGGCGGUGGUGACGUACGGAGAGACGCCUCCAGAGAAGAUGGCCAACGUGUACACGAUGGAGGAACUCAUGGGGCUGGGGGAGGAGCUGCCUGAGGAGACCCUGGACGCCAUCAUCACCACCCAGCAGCCCAACCGGUGCUGUGCACUGGUCUACACCUCCGGCACCACCGGGAGCCCCAAGGGCGUGAUGCUGAGUCAAGACAAUAUCACAUGGACGGCACGGUAUGGCAGCCAGGCCGGCGACAUCCAGCCCGCGGAAGUCCAGCAGGAGGUGGUGGUCAGCUACCUGCCCCUCAGCCACAUCGCCGCCCAGAUCUACGACCUGUGGACGGGCAUCCAGUGGGGGGCCCAGGUCUGCUUUGCCGAGCCCGAUGCCCUAAAGGGGAGCCUGGUGGACACGCUGCGGGAAGUGGAGCCCACGUCCCACAUGGGGGUGCCUCGGGUGUGGGAGAAGUUCAUGGAGCGCAUCCAGGAGGUGGUGGCUCAGUCCGGCUUCAUCCGGCGCAAGAUGCUGCUCUGGGCCAUGUCGGUGACCUUGGAGCAGAACCUCACCUGCCCGGGCAGCGACCUGAAGCCCUUCGCGGCCAGGCUGGCGGAGUACCUCGUGCUCGCCAAGGUCCGCCAGGCGCUGGGCUUGGGCAGGUGUGGGAAGAGCUUCUACGGAGCGGCGCCCAUGACCGCCGAGACGCAGCGCUUCUUCCUGGGUCUGAACAUGCGCCUGUAUUCGGGCUACGGCCUCAGCGAGACCUCGGGCCCCCACUUCAUGUCCAGCCCCUGCAACUACCGGCUCUACAGCUCCGGCAAGCUGGUGCCAGGCUGCCUGGCAAAGCUGGUGAACGAGGACGCCGAGGGCAUCGGGGAGAUCUGUCUGUGGGGUCGCACCAUCUUCAUGGGUUACCUGAACAUGGAGGACAAGACGCGGGAGGCCAUCGAUGCUGACGGCUGGCUGCACACAGGUGACGUGGGGCGCAUGGACACGGACGGCUUCCUCUACAUUACCGGGCGGCUCAAAGAAUUAAUCAUCACAGCCGGUGGAGAGAACGUCCCCCCCGUGCCCAUCGAGGAGGCUGUGAAGAUGGAGCUGCCCAUCGUCAGUAAUGCCAUGCUGAUCGGGGACCAGAGGAAGUUCCUGUCCAUGCUACUCACCUUGAAGUGCGUGCUGGACCCAGAAACCUUGGAGCCGACGGACAACCUGACUGAACUGGCCGUGGCCUUCUGCCAGCGGGUGGGCAGCAAGGCCACCACCGUGUCUGAGAUCGUGGGCACCAAGGACGAGGCCGUGUAUCAGGCCAUUGAGCAGGGGAUCCAGAGGGUCAACAGGGACGCAGCCGCCCGGCCCUACCACAUCCAGAAGUGGGCCGUUCUCCAGAGGGACUUCUCCAUUUCGGGUGGAGAGUUGGGUCCGACGAUGAAGCUGAAACGGUCCAUGGUUCUGGACAAGUACAAAGACAUCAUCGACUCCUUUUACCAAGAGCAAAAGAAGUAAUCGGGCCACUGUCCCAGUCUCCGCUGAGGACGGCAGGCCUCUCGGAGGGUCGUCCUGAGCUCCGGGUCCCCUUCAGUCUGGGCGCACGAACGCCCGGCCAGGCCGAGGUCUCUGCGUCCGGCCCCGGCACUGGCAUCGACGCGUGCCAGGCCUGGCGCCAGCGGCAGCUGACAAUCCCAAGGAGCUUCACAUGUGGACAGUUUUAAUUUUAAGCAUUGCUCUUUGUUCAGGUGACAAAUGAGAUCAGCUCUCCUCCCAGAACGAAAGGGCGGCCGCUGGCUCGCGGGACAGGCGGUGCGCAGGCUGUGAGUUGGGGAGGGCAGAGGAGAGGAGGGCGGGAGUUACUCUGCGUGGCGGGAGAGCCAACAGUUGGAACUCACCUAACAGCUGACUUACUCUGGAACCCGUGGCCGCUGCCGCCCCGCGCGCCAGUACCGGGCACUGGGCACCUCACGCUUGCUGACUGACCUGAUGCUUAAUAAAGCUGCUGCCGCCUACUUGAUUGUACUGAGUCUAACUUGAAUAUUAAACCGUUUAACAGAACUGCCCACCAGUACCCGAUUUUUCUUGUCAGCCGAGCAGGCGGGCCAGGCCAGGGAGUCGUGGGUAUUU